UGCAGAUGAAGUACAGACUGUUGGAGUGUGAACACGAAGGAGGGGCAUGGGAAAGGGCAGCCGCGUCCAGGGCAGCCGCGUCCAGGGCCCCAAACACCUUUCCCAAUCGGGCGCGCUAGCUCACAACACCUGUCAAGAUGCCGAACUCUCCUUGGGAAUCUGUAUCAAUACCACAAGCAGUUCCAUAGACUCUCCGGAGCGCACACAGACCACCAUGGAUCGGAUACUACGCCUCUUCACAUUGCUGAUCGCUGUAAUUGCGCCACUCGCCGCCGCCCUCAAAUUCGACCUCCACCCCGUCUCGCCGCACGACGCUGCAAAGUACGAGCGAUGCAUCCGUAACUUCGUCGCCAAGGACCAGCUCGUGGUCGUCACAGCUAUUCUGGACGGAUACAGAGGCGAUGGACAGAAGGUCGAUAUGCAUAUUCGCGAUUCCAUGGGCAACGACUACCACAAGCCCAAGGAUGUUGUUGGUGAGAACCGCUACGCCUUCACAUCGCACGCCGAUUCCGCCUUCGAUGUCUGCUUCGAGAACGUCUAUUCCGGCUCACAGCAAGGCACCGGCCCGCGCCACGUUGAACUUGACAUCGAUAUUGGCGCCGACGCCAAGGACUGGAACGCCAUCCAGGCCGGUGAGAAGCUCAAGCCUGUUGAAGCCGAACUGAGGAGGAUCGAGGAGGUCGUCGCGGAAGUUGUCACCGAGAUGGACUACCUAAGGGGACGCGAGCAGAAGCUGAGAGACACAAACGAGAGCACAAACGAGCGCGUCAAGUGGUUUGCGUUUGGCACCAUGGGCAUGUUGGUAGGUCUAGGCGCAUGGCAGGUCGUCUACCUGAGGGCGUAUUUCAGGAGCAAGCACCUCAUUUAGAAGUGCAGAGGCAUACCAUGUCUCUGGGGACUAGAGAAUCAGUGGAAACAGAGGAAUUUGAUCGGAUUUGAGGUUGACGAUACAGCAUUGUACGAACAGCAUGAGUUUAGCGGUUGGUAUUAUGGCAGCCAUGAGCUUGGGCUCGAGGUUGCAAGAAUGGCGUUGCCGGGGCAUAUUCCAGAUGAACUUUUCCAAAAGUCAAGUCCUUACCCAGUGCAGACUUCGAGAGCUAUGUGACUGGUUUUCAAGCAAUGCUGACAACCUUAGCAACUCCAAAUAUACAAACCAGCUCCCAAAACCAGUAAAUCGCCGUCCUAUCGAAGUAUGCGCUGAUCCAGUUCCGCGACCUCCACAGCCAUUCUAUCAAAAUCUUCGGCCUUCAAGAAUCCAACGUCAGUGGCGUAAACGUCCACGAACUCUGCAGAGACCAAUUCAGGUGUCUCCUCGAUACCGCCUAUGGCCUCAGUGGCAGCACGUCCCUU